GGAGCUGGCAGCUCCCACAUCUAUCAUGGGCACAAAGACACCUGACCUGUAGCAUCUGGGUACUCAGUGAACUAAGUGGAAAGCAAAGCAGCGAUUCCCAGCACUACUGAGUUUGAAUCAAGCUGUGACACUGUGCAUUGCAGAGACGAAGAGAAAGAGAAACUGAACUGAAGCCUGCUUCUCAGAACUUCCUGUUAAAUUUACAAGAAGGCCUCGGACCCUGAGUGAGACAGGAGAAAUGGGAAUUGUCCCAUGGGUUCCCAUUUUCUUGGUUAUAUGCGUCUUGAUCCAAUCAAGUGCUCUUGGACAAAGCCCAGGACAAGAGCCAUUCGGAAGAAAAGCUCGAGUUACAGGAAUGAAAAAAACACUGCAGGAGACAAAAACCAAGUUCCUGCUCUUCAAAGACAAAGCCAAUCAGGGCUGUCAGAUUCAACUCCAUCGCCCAGACACGCUCCAGGAGUGCGGCUUCAACACAUCCCUGCCUUUGGUGAUGAUCAUCCACGGGUGGUCGGUGGAUGGCAAGCUGGAAAGCUGGGUCUGGCAGUUGGCAGCAGCGCUGAAAUCUGAGCUGGCCCAGCCAGUGAACGUGGGGCUGGCGAACUGGAUCUCCCUGGCUCACAGCCACUAUGCCACCGCAGUCCGCAACGCCCGCCUGGUGGGCCAGGAGGUGGCGGCGCUUCUCCAGUGGCUGGAGGAAUCAGCUCUGUUUUCUCGAAGCAAUGUUCACCUAAUUGGGUACAGCCUGGGUGCUCAUGUCUCGGGAUUUGCUGGCAGCUACAUCGGGGGGAAGCACAAGAUUGGAAGAAUUACAGGAUUGGAUGCCGCAGGCCCGCUGUUCGAGGGAACAUCCCCCAGCGACCGUCUUUCUCCAGACGAUGCCAACUUUGUGGACGCUAUUCACACCUUCACCCGAGAGCACAUGGGCCUGAGUGUGGGCAUCAAACAGCCCAUAGGACACUAUGACUUCUACCCCAAUGGGGGCUCCUUCCAGCCCGGCUGCCACUUCCUGGAGCUGUACAGACACAUUGCCCAGUAUGGCUUAAAUGCCCUCUCACAGACCAUCAAAUGUGCCCACGAGCGCUCAGUGCACCUCUUCAUUGACUCCCUGCUGCACCCAGACAUGCAGAGCACUGCCUUCCAGUGCAGCAGCAUGGACAGCUUCAGCCAGGGCAUGUGCCUGAGCUGCACCAAGGGCCGCUGCAACACGCUGGGCUACCACAUCCGCCAGGAGCACCACAGCAAGGGCAAGCGGCUCUUCCUGGUGACCCAGGCCCAGUCGCCCUUCAGAGUUUAUCAUUACCAGUUCAAGAUCCAGUUCAUCAAUCAAAUUGAGAAGCCAGUAGAACCGACUUUCACAAUGUCCCUUCUUGGAACAAAAGAGGAAAAGCAGAAAAUCCCCAUUACCCUGGGCGAAGGAAUCACUACCAAUAAGACCUACUCCUUUCUGAUCACGUUGGAUUUGGAUAUUGGUGAGCUGACCCUUAUCAAGUUCAAGUGGGAAAACAGCGCCGUGUGGGCCAAUGUCUGGAACACAGUGCAGACCAUCAUCCCAUGGGGCACGAAACCCCGCUACUCGGGCCUCAUCCUGAAGACCAUCAGAGUGAAAGCCGGAGAAAGCCAGCAAAGAAUGACAUUCUGCUCAGAAAACAUGGAGGAUCUGCAGCUUCACCCCACCCAGGAGAAAAACUUCGUGAGAUGUGAAGUAAACCUGAAGACGGCGAAGUCAUAGAUCAGAUGAGCUCUUGUCAGGACCCGGGGUUAAGAAUAAAUAAAACUACAAUUACUCCUCACCCGGAAUGGUUGCCUUCUUCAGAAACCAAAACUUCAUAGAUGAUCUUGCAUAAAACUGUAGAAACUCAAUUUAGGUUUAUGUGGAGGAAACUUGACUUUUUAAAACUGUUUGCUAUAACUAUUUUCAAGUAUUACCACUACUAUAAAUUUCUUAACUUGUCUGUUCAAAUGUUAACAAAUGCAAUUAACUA